AUGCCUACUGGAGACAGAUUCUACGAUGAUGCGCUGGCCAUAGUAUCCGUCUGGGAGGGUUUCCUCCUGCGACUGGAGUUACUGCUGAUCUGGAAACAACCCGUCUUCAGUUUACUCUUUGCUCUGUUUGUGCACACGACCUUCUGGUGCGUGUAUCUAUUCAAUCUCAACAGAAUCUUCGUCGUAACCCUGCUCCUCUGCACCCUGGUAAUUGCCGAUCUGGGAAAAAAUCGCUUCUGGCCGCUGCUUGAAGAUCUCAUUUCCAGAAUCAGUGGGGUAAACUUUGCAAGAGAAAUUCAAGUGGCCGUCGCUAAGGGAGAAAUUUGGUCAAAGGAGCAGUUAGCCUCAAGAUGUGCUUGGAUGUUCCAUCUCUGCGUUUCGGCCCUUAAUACUAUCGUUCCAAAGCGCAGCUCGCAUCCCUUCAUUUUCCUCCUGGUUUCCCUAUGUCUCGGUGCCUCUUUUAUCUGGCUGGGAUCUCUGAUUAAUGAGGCCCAAGUCACAUACCUCCUACUGAACCUUAUUCUUGCCUACCCCGGUCUCCACUACUACGCCGUAUUUAGCCUGAUCUGGCACUACCUGAAGCCCUUCUUUGACCGGCUUGAGGCUGAAUUUGACCGGGGUCAGAUUGAAUCACCUUCUGAGCGCGAUCGGGAGGAG